CCAAGAUGGCGGCUUCACGUGGACGGAUCGUCAUGCCUUCACUUUUACAAUUACGACCUGUUUUCUCCCUUUCCUCCUUAAAUUUAAGAAAAACUGUAGCUUUAUAUUCUAGACAAGUAACAACUGGACAAAGCUCAGCAGAUAAUAUCUCAACUCAGGAAAACAAUGGAACAGCAACGACGUCUUCCCCCGACAGGUUCCCAGAAGGGUUCAAYGGAGCAGGAUUAGUGGCUUUUGGUGAAGAGUUCAGUAAGAAGCUUAUGGCUCCUGUGAAUGAAGAGGAYAUUGAAAUAAAACCUGAUGGACUCAUUUAUUUACCAGAAAUCAAAUACAGAAGAAUACUGAACCAUGCUUUUGGACCAGGAGGCUGGGCACUAGUACCCAGGGGUGACUCCCUACAGUUUCAGAGUGACAAAGAUAACAGUCAGUUAAUUGUCCGUGAAUAUGCACUAUUCUGCUUUGGUCGAUACGUAUCACAGGCCGCUGGAGAGCAUACGUUUUAUUCGUCAGGGAACAUGGUCUAUGGCAAGGCCAUGGAAGCUGCCAAGUCUAAUGCUUUAAUGAGAUGCUGUAAGGACUUGGGUGUGGCAAGUGAACUAUGGGACCCUCAGUUUAUCAUAAAAUGGAAAGAAAAGUACUCCAUCAGCACAUGGUGUGAAAAUGUCAAGACUAAAGAAAAGAAAAAGAUGUGGAGAAGAAAAGACAGAAAACCUACUGAUGCWUUCUUUUAUCCUUGGAAAGAAGUCAAUAACAACUGAUUAUAAUUAUAAUCAGGAAGUUUGCAGGUAAUGGCCAAUUAUACUAGUGUAUGGUGUUACUUCAUGAAGGCCCUAUGUUCCCAARKGAAUGAGCAGGACUAAGCAGCAGUGUUACAGUACCUCAUGUUAACUUAUUUUGCAAUAAGUUAAAAAACCAACGCGAUGUURAURUGCCAAYYAUUUUCACAAAAGCUCAUCAAAAGUUGCUUUGUGUCACCMGCCAAUUGAUCUCUAKUCGACACAUGAAUAACACAGGCUUAUGUCAUAUGAAGUAUCACUAUUUUUGUUGAUUCUAAAAUCUUAGGGCACAAGUGUAAUAGGAUCAAUAGCUGGGACAGGGCACCUUCAGAAUAUAAAGAUGAGAAUUAAAGUGGUGUACAAAGAGAGACAAUAUAACUAUGCAGAAGAGUCAAGUGUCACAUAUAGGCUAUAAACUGUACUAGUCAAUUGAAGCAGGACAGGAGGUUUUAAAUUAAAUUUUAUUUAUAAAGCUCUCUAUUCAUAUGGACACAAUCAGAGUUKGAUUUGAUUUUGAUGUGGUCAUCUAAAGGAUUCCUAUUUUUUUCAUUCAGUCAGCCUGUUCAGUUUUUCUUUAUUUCAUUCAUCCUUUCUGUCCAAAUGAUUGUGUAAAUGYCUGGUAUCGUUGCAUGUCUUCUUCUGUAACAGUGCUUUGAUUGUGUGUCAGGGAUUUAAGGAAGUCUUCAAGUAUAACGUGACGAGGUCGAAUCUUACCAAUACAAAGUAUAAAUAAUUGAUAUUAGUUGGAUUUAAGUAAAUAAAAUCCUUGACAAAUUA